AUGCCUGGAAACAAGAACCUUCCAGAAUUGGUCGACCAACGUAAUACAGUUCAGUGGAAAGACACGUCAGAUGGUGAAAGCGACAGGACAGAGGAUCUUGAAAAUCGUUCCAAUCAUUCUGAAUCGUCUGCCGCUAUUUGUGAAGCUAUAAGUGAUACACAUAUACUCGAACUAUCAGAGGAAGGUAAAAUUUCAGAAUUGCUUCGAGGAUGGAUGCCCGAUUACAUCCUUCAACAUAUUGAACCCCACGAAUCAAAGGACAAGGAACCAUUGUAUAGUGCCAAACUUGGAAUAGAACCUCGGAUUAAAAGAUGUUCAAGCUCGGAAUCCAUAGUGACUGAACUUUCGCUACUGUCUUGCUCCACGUAUGGGAAAUCUUCCAGGGUUUCCGAAACAACCAGAAGAAAACGAAGAAACAAACGUCCACCAACAACAACUGACAAUGCAUCCACCAUCAGUAAAUGGGCUCUUGCAAUGCAAGGGCAAAAACACGGAGCCUUUGAUAAAUUAAUGCGUCAACAAAAUGCUUUUCAGAUCACUCCUGGUGCCACUAAUUCGGUGGCUAUCACAGCGUUUGAUUUAAUGGAUGAGGAGGAGAAAACACAGGUGUUGAAAUGUGGUCGUGAAUCGUGGAUAAAAAUGAACCCUAGACUCAAGAAAAGUGACAGUAUUACACAUAUCAACACCCUGUCAAAAAACAAACUUUUACAAUCUAAAAGACGUUUCUCUCAAAUACCCACUUCUUCAAAGAAUGGACGUAUGAAACCAUUCGUGCGAAUUCUUAACGGUAAGAAUUCAUCAAAUGAUUCCGAAGGCAUUAGUGUUGCCAUGUUGGACAAACAGACAACCCGAACAGUGACACCACCAUUCAAAGAAAAGGUUCGAAUGUGGCAAGUUGACGAGAAAAUCUCCGAUGUGGAUCUGAACCGUGGUAUGUCUGCAAAGGUUAGAGAAAGAAUUGCAUCAACAACCAUGGCUUUGGAUCGAGUUAGUCGAAAGAGUGCGUCACGACCACAGUCUACUGCGGGAUGUAUCCGCACUGAUCCAAAUAAUCCUCAAAAUAUCAGAAUCUCGCCGGAACUAGGCGAUGUUAUAAAACAGGAUAUCAAGAGUAGGAUGGGAAGACCACGGCAACACGAGAUUAGACAGCAAGAUGUGGAGAAUUUGAAUCAUGGAUACACACUGGAUCGUUCCCAUAGAAAUCUUAAAGUGUUUAAUUGGUUACAUAGUUUGAAAGAAGGUGAAUUCGUGACAGAUGACAAAGUUGAUGGUGAAACUGAUAGAUCAUUAAACAGUAUGAGCAUUGUCCAUGUUCAUGUUGAUGCUGUUGACGAACCUAAACUAAAACCUAUAAACUUUGGCAGAUCAAAGAGUAAUUUAAGUAGAGAGUUAACUUUUUCGUGA